ACACAGAACAUUCAGGACAAACUCAGAUUCAAAAGAAACAAAAAGCAGAGAGGGGGAAUAGAAAAGUUUGCACAUUGAAGGGGCAAAAGUAAAACAGCAAGCAAAGGAUUUUUUAAGAGAGCGGUUUGGUUUACUGAUUGGCAGCACCUCAGAAAGCAAAAAAAGUGGUUUGAGUAAAACUUUAAAAGCUGUGGGGGGAAAAGAUGAAUAGAAAAAGAAAAAGAAAUCAGUGGAAACAGCACAGUGGUGAGUACUUUAAAACAUUUUAGUGGAGCAAAAUGUUCUAAUCUUUUCUCUCCUGAGGGCGUUUUUGGAAGCCUCUCUCUCAUCAGUCUGGGCAGGACUCGGUUGUCCCUCUUUCCCUCCCCUCCCUCUCCCCUCCGUUCUCCCUCUAGCCUCGCUCAGUUCAAUGCAGUAGAGCGUAACUAGAGCCACGCGAUGACUGCAGGUUGAGAAGUGAGUGAGAGGAAAAAGGGGGACACAGAGAGAGGAGAGAGACUAACGCACACCUCACACUUUGUGGAGUUUGGAGUCACUGUGCAGCCCACAAAAAGAAGGCAGAGUGUGAGCGGACGGGCCUGGGGUCUGCGAGGCUCCGCUGCUUUCUCAGCCUGUAAAGUGUGCCGAGCUGAGCUGAGCUGAGCUGUGCUGUGUGUCUGUGUGUGUCGGAGCCUGACGCUCACACAGCUGACAGAUACAAAGAGGGGAGGAAAAAAAAGAGAAAGAACGCUACAGUCAUGAGGCUUUCCUUUCUAUCGGCUCCACAGCAUAACUCCUGAGGUGUGCUCUGUUCUGGUGCCAGAUCAGCAGUUCACAAUGAAAGUGAAGAGAUGAGCCUGCAGCGAGCAGCCGUGUCCCUGCAGUUCCUGCCACUGGACCUUUACUGAUUCUUCCUCAAAGAAGACGAUGCCCUUGUCUCCCAGAUUGCACUUCUGAGGACAAGGCCUUCACAGCAAGCGUUGUGCACCAUGGCAGGAGAGACUCAGCAAUUGCAUGCUGUCCAAGAGCUGGACCCUGAGUUCAAACUGCAGGAUGUGGGGACGGCGCCGGAACCACAGACUGACAAAGCCACAAAGGAGUCUUCAAAGCACUUUGCAAGCACAGGGACUGAGUCCAGAGCCAGCAGCGUUGAGGCCAAAGCUGAAAAAGUAGAGAAGCAAAGGGACUGUCCUCAGCAGCGAGAAGCUGUCAUACGGCCGCAGCAGGCAGGGAAGAUUGACUUCAGGUCACUUCAGAACCGAUCAAAGUUUUCCAGUGACAGGACUUGGUCGAGUGGGAAAGGCAGCCCCCAGUCCCCGAGUGGAAAGGGCCGCAGUCGGGAGAAGGGAAAGAGGUCGGGAAAAACAGAGCGUGGCAACCCCCAGCAGCUGUACAGACUGAGCAUUACAAAUCCACGCUCCAACCCCAACAUCGGUAUCGCCUACCCACAGCAGAAGGUUUUGCCACCCAAGAAAUUGGAGACCGGCCGUGGCCCAGUUUCGGGCAGCUACAGAUUCCACGUUCCCAGUAUACCAGAGAGGGAGGCCGAACUCCAACAAGAAGAGCUCAACUAUAGCCGGUGCUUCCAAGACGCCCCCUCUAACCUCACCUCCCCAAGCUAUACCUCACAGGCGCUAGGUUCCUCAAGUGGAACGUCAACCCAUCCACAUCCACCCCUGUCACAGCAGCAGCAGCAGCAGGCUGCAUCCAUGGAGAUCAACAGUGCACAGCCGGGCAGUCAGCUGAUUCCUGCUGACUUUCAGCUGAGUGCCUCUAACACAUGGCAGUCUCCUGAAAAAACUUUUAACGGUGCUAACUAUGGGGUGUCAUCCCAAAAAUCCACUGCCCUUACAGAAGCUAACAAGGCAAGUGCAUUUGUGCCUGCUCAGUUUCAAUAUGGAUAUCAUUUCCUGGAAGAAUCGACCUCUGACUCUUUUCCAUGUGAACAAAACACCCAAUCUCAAGACUUUACAGACUCGUCUGUUCAUGUGUCCCACAACUCUUUUUCCUUUACGUCCGGAGAAUGUCAAAGCAUUGCUCAGAACAGUUCUCAGUUCAUUAACGAACAGCAGCCAGAGGAUAGAGGCUGUUACUCUCAACCCCCGCCGUCUCAGUUCAUUCAAGGGGUCGCAUCCGCCAUACAGUGUCCCAGGAAUCUGAGCGAGGAUUCAGCGAGCAGCGACAGCUCGGGCACCAGCUCACAGCAGUCAGAGCGGGGACAGACCGCCCCACCUGAAAGCACAGAAGCUUUUGGUCACGGAGACAGUAGGGAUUCAGCAAUCACUUCUGGGAGUAGUAGGAACUGUCACUCUAAAGACACAGCUGCCGGCCAAAGAACACUCAUUCAAGGAAGUGUGCAUCAUGCAAGAAAUACUUCCCAAGGCCCCGCCUCCCAAGGGCACUUUAUUAACAAAUCAUUUAACAACCCUCAAGUCAGUAACAUGCACACAGGCUCAAUAACCUUUGACAAAAACAUCAAUAAUAAGGUUCUAAAUAGGUUACCAAACUCAUGGGAGGGGACUAGUAAGGCAUACACAACAGCCAACCAAAACACAAUGCAGUAUUCUGAUAUGACAGACAAGUUUCAGUUUCAGACCCAGCCACUUGACCAAAGGCAAAAUCCCUCUAAAAAUAACCGAAUGCCCUGGCAGCAGAUUCGGCCGACUCCCGCCAUGCCAAACCAAAAAAUAAUCGAGUUAUCGAGGCAAAUGAGUUCUCAAAAAUUGUCUUACAUGGUUGCCCCCACUGACUGGCAGGAUGAUAGUAAAUCACUUAAACAUAGCUCGCUCAAAAACCCGAGCUCUUUCCUGAACGGUAGAACUAGCGAUGGGUUUUCAAACAAAAGACAAGAGACUGUCAAACACAGCGGUAAUACUGUCUCCACGUUUAAAGUCGAGAUGAGCCAUGCACAAGUGUGUGAGUCCAAAAGCAAGGCGGUGUUCUUCGGGGUUAACCAGUCUCUUCCAGCUGCGUCUUCAAGAAACUACAAUUAUUCUCCGUUGCAGGUCCCGCCAAUGGGACUCAUGAUGGUGUCACCUUAUGAAUCGCCUUUGCCCUCACCGGUUCAUAACCCUGCAUCGAGCAGCACCUGUUCUUCCCUCUCUCCAGCAUCCACCAGUCCUGUUGAUAUCAGCUCAGAGGACAGUCACAUGUCAAAGUCAGCGACCCCUCACUCGUUUUAUCACCAGUCCCAGCCGCCCAAAACACAAAUCCUGUCAGAUCACCUGACCUCUCACCCUCACCAGUUUCAUUCUGACGCUCCGCAAAACCACACCUAUGCACCGGACAGAGCCAAAGACAACAUUAUGAGCUACCUACAAAACACAGCGCUUCCUAAGACUGCCAUGGAUGGCAACAAAGGUUACAUGGACAGUUUUGGAGUGGAGCAUCACCAGCCUCCGCCGCCGUACUCCGCACAUCAGCUGUUAGCGACCUCGUUAGCCACGGCGAAUCUCGACCAGUUGGAUGUGCUCUUAACAUGCAAGCAGUGCGACCAGAACUUCAAUAACCUGGCUUCAUUUCUAGGCCACAAGCAAUACUGCAGUCACCAUCCGUUUGCACAAAAUGACCUAAAAGACAUAUCAAAGAUGGAGGAAAACAGGAAGUUUCAAGCUGACGCCACAAAAGCGGUGUCGUCUGUGUCAAAUGUCUCAAUGUCGAGGUGCCCUUCUGACCUUCACCUGUCUCUGUUGGGCCUCAACAAAAAUGGCGAUCUCAUAUCUGACACUGAAACUAAAGGAGACAGUAAGGAUGACCAACUGAAGCUGAACUUGUUUUCUGGUCCUGGUAACCUGCCGGUCCCCCUCCCUGAUCUAGAAAUGGAGGAUGCCAAAUUAGACAGCCUAAUCACAGAAGCCCUGAACAGACUGGGAUAUCAAUCGGACAACACAGAGAUUGACAGCAGCUUUAUCGACGCAUUCGCUGAUGACGACCUCACAACUGUUAAAGCGACGUCAAACAAACAAUGUAUGAAAACCAAAGAAUCCCUGAUCCAUGAGAGCAAAAACAAACAAGUAGCAAAUGAUGCCAGGUCGUUCACGCAGGGAAAGUAUUUCUAUGACUCUGACGCUGUGAGCCCGGAGACAGAGAAACACUACACAGAAAGCAAACUUGAGAAAAUAACUCUGAAUUUAGAAAAAGAGGAGAAAAUCAACAUCAAAAAGGAAGUCUCUCAUAAAAAUUCAGGAACCGCCUCGAGGGAGAAGACGAGAGAACAAGACGGCAAAGUGAAAGAGUCGAGAAAACUGUGCAAGGGUGAGGAAGAGAACGCGAGUGCACAAAGGUUUCUCUUGUCUGGCAAGUUUUCCAAGCGUUGUGGCGUUAAAAGCAUUCAGGAGAGCAAUGCACCUCGAGGGUCAACAUCCUCACAGCCUUCCCCAUCGCCGAUCUCAAGAACUGCAGUGAAGGAGAGCAAGAGGAAAAGCACUGGAGGGGGCACCUGGAGCAAAGAGCUUAUUCACAAAAUAGUUCAACAGAAAAAUAAGCUUCAUAAACUUCAUGUUAAAGGCACCAAGAACCUCCAGUUCUCCCUGGUGAUGGAGAGGCUGACUCCCACUGUGCAGAACCCUGCGUUUGGAGAGUACGACUACGUCUCAGACACAGAUGAUGAGUGUGAACCUGUCAAGAUAGCGAGCCAAGGGCGGCUGAAUCAAAGCAGUCGAUGUAAAUACACAUACACCAAAGAGUGCAAAUGGCGAGCGAGGAACGAGAGGGACCAGGCAGCGUGGAGACACGAGUCGAAAGAGUGUUUUGAGAUGAAGAAAAGCGAGGAGGUUUCUCUCUCGCCUGAGAAACUCUGUUCUCACCAGAGACUCAGGAGGAGGGGCAGCAGGUCGUCCACAAGCAGUGAACUCAGCACAUCUGUGAGUGUUUCGAGCGAUUGUAUCAACAGCCCCAAAAGCACUGACCGCACUGACUCGGACUGUGAGAGGAAGACAGAAAUCAAAAAGAAAGAGUCUCCAGAGCACAGAACCUAUGAAAGGUCCUCCCCGAAGAAGUCGUCUAAAGAAUCGAGCGUGCUCUCGCUGACGUUCACUAAAUCUGUCAAAAAGUAUAACACUAACAAAGACAUUCCUCCUGAUAGCAAAGGCAACACAGAGGAUCCAAAGAAGUUUCAUUCAAAUCCAGAAGGUGAUGAUCCGGUGCUAUCCUCACAAAAAUCAAAAGAGACGAACAAAAACCUCGAAAAAUGCAACAGAGCAAAAUCAAGAGAGAAGCUCGAGUCUUACAAAGAAGAUACUGUCAGUUCAGAUAGAGUCAACACACAGAGAUCACACAGUCUGAGCCCCAAAGAAGAACCCACAAUGUGUAGCAGUUCAGAUGCAAAGUCACUACAGUUGAGUUCAAACACUCCCAUGAUCGACAGAGAAAGUGAUUUCAAUAUUGACAGAAGGGCAAAGGAUAAAAGAAGAGAACUAUCAGACGAUGCCACGUCUGAAAAACAGAGCGACAGCAGCUGUGUGGUGAAAGAAGCGCUAACUUUAUGCAACAAGGAAGACACACUUUGCACCUCUUUGAUGGACGAGGUGUGCCUCUCUCCAACUGAAAGCCAAGGCCCGUUCAUACAAAAAGACACACUCCACCUCAUGCCCUACCCCCUGGAUCAGGAACAAGUGCUCAUCAAAUCCCCACUCUCCUUCGACACGUCUUCAAUGUUUGGGGACCUCGGGGGAUUCGACAGUGGCCUUUACUCAGACAUGCCCAUUCAGAAAGACGGUUUCCAUUCACUGGAGAAUACAGACGACAAAAAGGUGGAGUUUGUGUCGUCCUUCUCGCCCUUUCUGGAGCAAAAAGACUGGAGCCUCAUAGUGAGCCCCGUGCAACCAUAUGAGAUAUCUCAGUACAAAGACAGCUCUGAGAAGUCGCAUGAAAAGAAAGCAGAUUAUAAUCAUGUUCCUUUGUCUCUGCCAGAGAAAAUAAUUGACUACGGUGCGAAUCUCAACAGCUGUGCAUCAGAGGACGAGCUGGAGAUAAAAAGAAUAGUGAACGAGCUUGAGAACCAGCUGCAGACGACGAGGCUGGAGAGCCCGCCCUUGCUAGCGGAGGGUGUCCCCAAGCAGCUGCAGAUGAGCAAAUUCUCACCUUUACGUCUCAGCGACGAGUCAGGGAGUGAAACCGCUGGCCUGGAUAUGAGCUGCCCCGUGCAAACAAUAGAAGCACCAGAGGCCAGUUUGCCUUCAGAGCCUUUUACGGAACCAUGGGCCAGUCCAUUUCAGUUCGAGUUAAUGGGCGGGCAAAGCAGUCCCCACAAUCCAAUUUGCGAUGACACAGGGGUGGUUGAACAUUUUUCUGAAAAAGGACACGAUGCACCGAAUUUGAUCGCAACAGCCUCACAAGUUUUCAAUCGACAACAACGCCAUGCCCACAAAUCAGAGGAGCAGAAGGCGGAAAAAAGGGCUAAAAAAGAAACAAAGGAGGAAAUCUUGGAGCAGAAGAGAUACACAGAAAACCUCAUGAAAAGCCUCGAGGUGAUUUCAGACUCUAUAUUCAAAAAAGAGCCCAUUAUAUCGGAACACGAGGAGCCAAAUGUCACCUCUCUCACAAGUCAACAACAUCAAGGAAUUGAAUGUCAAGAAAAAGAUGCGGUUCAGAGAGAAGACGACGACGGUGAAAGGGAAGCAAUUACCGGGAAGGAGAAUACAUUAUCACCUCCAAAUAUCAAUGAACGGAAGGAUGAUAUAAAAUGUAUUCUGAAUGAGUCCCAGCUGUCGCUCUCUAACAGCGCUGACCCCGCUGUUGAUGGAAACCAGCCGAUUUCAUCACAGCCGAGGGAGUCCACAGAAAACAAUGAAAGCAAGGAGGAGACUAAAGUCACAUCAGAGGAGGAUACAGUCGAGAACAGAGAUUUAAUUGAGUCCGCUCUGUGUUUAUGUGCAGCGACACCUGACCCACAUGUGGUGGAUGGAUCUGGCGGGAACUGUAAUGCAUCUGACAAUGUGAAGAGUAGUGAUGGUCAAGAGCAUGCAGCCACGGAUGAAUAUGAGGUAGCAGAGGCGGUGAAGGGAAUUACUGGUCAAUCUGUGAGCCAUCGUUUAUCACAGGCUUUACCCGCCACCGGUCGGGACAUUUGUGAAAAAGUAAAAAACAUCAUCGAGUCGUCACUUGAAGAGCAAUCCACUCACAAUCCAGAUUCCUCAAAUUUAACAAAUGCUGGUAGCAGUGGUGGCAGUGUCAUUGAGGAGAUAACUGUUGAAAAGGAUGAUCUGAUUGGAUCGUCUCCCUCUAAAAGCUGCAGCCCCGCUAACACCUACAGCACGAGUCUAACAACCGAUGUGCCAAUGGAGAUCGUCACCUCAGACCAGCCUUGCAGUCCGAUACUUGUGGAAACAAACACAGACAACAAAAGCCCCUGCUCAACAUUUCUGGACGACCGGUCCAGUCAGCUGGUUGCUCCGCAGUCCGAUAACGAUGAUUCCUGCAAAGUGAUUUCACUUAAACCUGAAACCGCUCUUCCCUUUGAAACCAUUCAGACACAAGAGGAGCUUUUAGAUGUUCAGGAUAUCAAAGAGCAUCUCCCUGUCGAUUUCAUGGCAAGCCACCAAAACUCACCAUGCAGGGAGGAGGUGGAGGAAAGUGACUGUCUUUUUGUCGACACCGCGACACCAGCAAGUCCUCUUUUAUCGACCUCUGAUCGGAGGCUCAUGCAGGACUGGGACAGAGAAGAGGAUUCAUGUCAUUCACAAAGCAAUAUCAGUAACAUGUCUGUUGACCAAAACUCAAUUCAAAACAUGAAAUCCCCAAUAAACCAAGAAGAUGGCACAAAGGGUGUUAACAAUGACAAACAACAAAAUACAACAACGGGGAUGGAGUACUCUUUGAUAAUCCCGCCUCCCCUUGACUUGGGAAUUGAGUGUAAAAUCCCCGACUCUGAAACCCACAUUUCUUCUCCACUGCCAGUGCCCGGAUCAGCAAACCAAUCAAGUGUCUCAGACGAACUCGGAAAGGGAGAUCUAAUUUACGACUUCAAACUCAGUCCCCUCAACUACAUCAGCAUCACAGACGAGCCGCCGCAAUUAAAUCAAUACAACUACAUAGCAAUUUCACCGGCCAGUAAACUUGAAGAGAAUCCAAACAUCAAACAGAGUCCCAGAGACGACUGUGAACCGUGUGUCCUGAGUGUUGACCCUGCACUGAUUUUCCACAAAAAUGGAGCCGACACCGAUACAGCUGCAUCGCUAAACUCCGACCCUGAAGCUAAUCUGACUUUAUCAGAUGAACCACUGGUCCUCCAGCAGAGUUUGGACUUUACAAGUUUUUCAUUGGGUCUGCCUCCUCCUCAAAACGAAGGCAAAGACUCCUCAGCUGGUACUCCCGUUGGACCUCCUUUGCAGACUCACGCUGUCAUCUUGAAAAAGGUUGAGGCGGAAACUUUAGAUUCUCUUGCUGAGGACAAUUCACUUUCAGAAGUUUUGCCCAAUCCAAAGCCAAUCAUCAACUGUGAAAAUGGACUAAUGCCUCUUGCGCCAGACGCAUCAGAGAAGCCUCCAACAAGAGAGUCCGGCCUGUGUUUAACGACGCACCAAGUACCCAAAGAGACGACGCACAAAAAGGCACAAAACAACACCCAACAGGGGAAAGUAAUGUGUGAAAUCUGCCUCAUGUGUUUCAGGACUGUCCCAGGUUUAAAAAGACAUAAAGCCAUGAAACAUUCGGUUAGACCUGUGAAACACAUCGGCCCACAGAGCACAGCAUCAAGCCAUCAAGGGACUGUGCUUAUUUAUGAAGCAUCACAAACUACAGAGAAGGAACAUAAAGAUGAUUCACAGACCUGUUGCCCAACAAAAAUAGACGGGCUGCCUGAGACAACAAGCACUCUCAUAUCUACAGCUGCAGAGUCUGCGUCGGUCCUUGAGGAAAUGGCAUCUGAGACGAGUGCAGUCGCGGUGGAUGAAACAGGCCGUCAAAACCCUCAAAAAGCAAACAAGAACAACAAGGCGAGGAAGACCAAAAGCAGCGAGGCAAACAUAAAGCCAGACCCGUUCUCUGAUGAGCUUUUGAAUAUAUUAAAAACAGACAUACUUCAAGCUAUAACUCCUGAAUUCAAAAGCAGCGGGAUACAAGAGCAACACAAAUCUCCCAAGGAACAGGUGGGAAUCGUUGACCGAGCUUUAACCGGAACAGAGACGUUCCCCAACUCUGUUUCUGUUAACUUUGUCAAAAAGGCCCCAACAGAAGAACUAAAUGUACUUAAUGGGACUGUGGCACUUAAUCAAAUCACUGAUGCACAAGAAAGCAUAACAGAGAUGGCAAAUGGGGAAGUAUGUACAGAUGCAAUUUUGGAAAGUGCUGCACCUGUAGAAAAAGAUAUUAUGAGAGAAUACGAUGAGUCUGUAAUGUCUCUGUGCAAUGUGGAAGUAAUGUGUGAACAGAAAAAAUCACAAGAGAUCCUUGCCCGAGAGAUUCUGAGAAAAGUGACAGUUGAGAUAAAAUGUGAGAAUAAGAGUGGCCCUCCAGACAUGGUACAUCCUGUCGCCUGUUUGAAUCCUGCCCCUCUCAGUCCUCCCUCCAGCUUGAGUCCCGAUCUGAAGUCCCUGCUCGACGACGACACCACGUUCUCACAGCUGUUCCCCAGAGACGAGGAGGCGAAGAGGAAAAAGUGCCCCAGGGUGUACGGCAAGAAAAGUAAAAGGCAGAAACUAUCGCCUGAUUCGAGUGUUCCUCCCUCUGAAACUUUCAUGCACAAUAAAGAUCAAUGCAUGGAAAACCAAGCCAAGCCAACGUUCACCGACAAUCAGACCAGGAGCUGUGAAUACGAGGACAAACCUAUCGACAAUGCCGUCACAAAACCAUUGUCAGAUGUUCAACAAAGUGACAAGCAGGAUGUUUGUGAGAACACUAAAGAGUUCGGCCUCUUAGAUCCACUUCAGAGCACCAUUGAUAAAUCUUCAAUCGAAUGGAGCGGCUCCAGUGACUUCAGUGGUUUUGAUGCAGGCCCAGUGAUUCCCUCUAAUCCCAGCACAUGCAAACCAGAAGCCCCAAUCACACCUUACCCUGUGCCCCCGCCCUCCGUCCCCUACGCUGUCGAGCCGUGCAACACAGACAACGUCCAAACCUUCAACAGCAUCGACAUCCAGAACAUCAACACAACAUUUCAGCUUCCUGAGAUUCAGUUCUUUGAACCCAACAAAGACAUCACAGUGGCUCCGCCUAUCGGAACUGUUGACGAGGAAAACAGAGAUGAAGAAAAAUCUGACAAAGUAACCGAGCGACGAGGCAGGAAGAGGCAAGACGGGAGGAUGAAGGUGAAAGACAAGCAGUACAAAUGCAAAGUGUGCUUCACUUGGUUCCUCACCCUGGGCGAGCUGAACUUUCACAAACUCUCCCACAACCCCUCCCCCCCUCCGACCUGCUACAUGUGUGUCCAACGCAAGUUCAGCUCCAGGGAGCAGCUGAGGGACCACCUGAGGGAGAAACAUGCCAAGAACAAGACGGGUAUCUGGACCUGUGGAAUGUGCUUGAAGGAGAUAUCAGACGUGUGGAUGUACAAUGAACACUUGCGAGAGCAUGCCACUCAGUUCGCCCGGAGAGGUCAAACCCAGGGCUCCAUGUUGGGCAUUCCCGGCUGCUUCAUGCAGGAGACGGCCGUGAAGAACUUCAUCACCUCAAUCAUGCAGCACCGCCCCAGCAAAACCAACAGAGAGUCCAGCAGAGCUACCAAAGAACAGGAAAAAGUUGCUGCUGCAGAUAGCACUGCAGUGGGAGGGGCGAAACACUCGGAGGGGGCUGAGCCAAGAGUUCCCAAAAGUAAAAGUAGCAGCGGAGCAGGCGGGAAGCAGAACACAUUAACCCCACUCGAGGUCCUCCACAAAACAGAGACACCUAAAAGUGUUGAAAUGCAUCCCAACUGCAAAGACCCCUCGAGAGACUGCCACCACUGUGGGAAACAAUUCCCCAAGCCGUUUAAACUCCAAAGACAUUUAGUGGUUCACAAUUUGGAAAAGAUCUUUCUGUGUCACAAAUGUCCCGUCUCUUAUCAGGAGGCCCAGGAGCUCAAAGGCCACCUGAAGAGGGCGCAUGAGGAGGUGGAUGAGCUCGAUUCAAAACACACCACGCUCUACACCUGUGAGCUCUGCGCCGACGUCAUGCAUGUGAUUAAGAAAUCCUUCAUCUGCAGCACCUGUAACUACACCUUCUCCAAGAAGGAGCAGUUUGAUCGACACAUGGAGAAACACCUGUCGGGCGGGAACAAAAUCUUUAAAUUCAGAGGUGUUUACAGACCAGUCAAAGCGUCCGCCGCCAAAGAAGAUGAGUGCGACUCUCCGGCGAGUAAGAAGAGGAGGAUUCUCUCCGACAGUCUGCAGGAAAACAGUUCAGACAGCGGCAUCGCCAGCGUCAGCUCCCUGCACUUAAGUCAAAACUCAGAAACAGCAUCUUCAAAAGCCUCUGCGUCCACAGCGGACGACUCCACACAGACCGUAUCCAACGAGUACCACAGUGACACAAACAGUCCAAACGUGAAGACCGAGGACACGGCUGAGGACUACUCUGAACUGCUUGUAGAACUUGAGAAGUGUAUUCACAGCAGCUCUUCAGAGUCUGCUUCACCAAAGAAAGAGGAAAUUGACCCAAACACCUCACCCAUUCUCGAUACAGAGGGUAAUGGAAAAUCAAUUGCUGAACCGUAUGAUGUGAAAGAGGAGGAUGAGUCAGUCUGCAUUAGAGCAGAGACGACCUCAUGGUCGGUGUCGAGAGAGAAUAUUUGUGCGGAGGAGGAGGAGGCUGUUAGAGUUAAGGAAGGCUCCGAUGAAAGUGACACAGCUGAGACAGAAAAAGCAGGUUCACUACCUCCCGGUGACGACUGUUUUGUCAGCUUAAAGGACAAUCAAACGACGCCUGAGUCGGCAAAGAAUGACAAAGCUGCUGAUGUCACUGAGCAGCAGAGGGAUGACGAGCAUCACCCGACAAAAGUUUCAAAUACUGACAGCAAACAGCUGACUUUAUCCCAAGGUGCUGAGCAGGAAUGUAGCAGUCACAUAAAAGACAAAAUCACUCCAGCCAAAACGACCGACAACACUAAAAACUGCACUACUACAACAACAAGCGGCACAAAGGCUUCAGAUUCAACGCCCGCCCUCCACUCCAAGAGUCCCCCCAAUGCUUUAGUGUUGAACGAGGACAGAGAAUCUGUGAGACCACAGAAGAAGAGGAAAGACCUGAAAUCCCCCCACGGUCUGCAGAGGGUUUCCUCUCCGGCUACACAGGAGAACUUUGGUGUCGAUUCCAGGGCCAAGAAGAAAUUUCGCACAAGCAAGUGUGCAAAUCCCUCCCUGCAAAGGAAGUCGGACGGACCCAAUGACUACCCCGUGCUUUCCUCAGUGCGGGACGACGUCGUUAGCAACAAAAUCGUCUCCAAGUGCAAGAGUUCCAACCUGCAGUCUAAAAGAAGCUUGCUGGACGGUUGUAAGAAAGCUGAGAUUGUGACUCCUCUUAACGGGGACUUCAAAGCCAAAAAGGGACCUUUGGGGCGUCCUCUGCAUCCCCCUAUUUCUAAAAUGACUUCAGUCCCCAUGAACAAUUCUUUGAAUAAAUCACGGCCGAAAACGGGGGUUCGGUCGAUGGAGAGCCACUCCUACAGGACCGCCGAGUCCCAGAACCACCUCCUAAGCCAGCUGUUUGGCCAAAAACUCACAAGCUUUAAGAUUCCUUUAAGGAAGGACACGUCAGAAUCUAUUAACUGAAAGGGGGGAGAUGGAUCUGUGAAUAAGGGACUGUACAUUUCACAGUUAUAAAUGUUUUAAAUUCAUUAUGGUGAAUGAGAUUGCACAGCUCUUUUCUGUGAAACGCUAUCUGUAAGUCUUACGUAGUCACUUUAAUGUCUUCUUUGUACAUGUGUUUUUUAUUACACAAAUGUGAGGACGAACGGCAGAUAUGAAUUUAUGGAUCAAAGAUGAAUAUGCCGGUUGGAAAAAAUCAUUGGUCUUUUUCUUUUUUUUUUUGUCUUUGUUGGAUAUCAUCCACUUCAGAGAUUCUAAUUCAUUUACCUUGAGGAAAGAAAAAAAGAAAUACUUGAAAACACAUCUAAAACAUUCUCUUUAAAGAAAUGCAUGUUUAUUUUGCAUUCACAACAUGAUUUUAUUAGUUUCAGUCUUUCUGCUAAAAAAGGACCAAAUGACAUCUUCAAACUGACCUGGACCAUCGUCUGUGCACCUUCAGUACAUGCUUUUGACAUAUUACAUUUUGUAUUCUUUUUUUUUUUUUAACUUUACUGUAAUGCAUUGACAAUUCAUCAUAUUAGCCUUUUUGUAUAAACAUUUCCUGGUGCUACAUUGUGUUCGAUUGUAAUGUGAAUACCAAUGUCCUCGGAAGGGAACGUGAGAUCUGUAGCGAUUACAGUACAUUCAUCCAACUGUUUUUUACUGCUUCUCUGUAGUUUGUUCAAGAUACUGUGUCAAAACCAUCCAAGUACUCCAUAUGUGGGCCGACAGAAGAUUAGGAAAGCUUCCAUUGUUUUUAAACUCAGGUCCAUACGAGGACGUCACAGUCCCAAGACCUGUAUUCAGAGUUCUUCCCAUGCACUGAUAAUACCGCACACAAAUCACAAACUCACUCAUCUGUGUCUGUAACUCCAACUGUUUCAUUAUGAUGAGUAUUUACUAGAACAACAAACAAAAAGGUGCUUCAUCUUGUUUAUACUGUAUGUAUCUUAUAUUGUAUAAAAGUGUAGGUAGAUUAUUUUGGUGUCAUGCUUCAUGUCAAAGUUCUAUUUUAAUAAUGUGCAGAGAGAAUCAGAAUGAGAAGAAAGGGAACUGCAGUGCCUCUUGAAAAGCUGUUUGAGUGGUUCACUAAGUGCCUCUUUAAUAGGUUGUUAAUAAAGAUAUGAAUCGGUA